GUUGGGUGUUUACAAAUGAGGAAGAUGUGGAUGGGAACAGUCGAGGUGCCAUGGCAGAGCAAAAUGGUGUUUGGCUUACAAAGGUUUGACGGAGCACAGGGUGAGUGAGUAAGUGAGUAAUUGCGGCGCAGGGAAAUUGGGGACGCGGCACGAUAUUAAAAACAGCAGCUCGAGUUUACUGAUCAUCGACUACUUUCUACUUUCUACGAGAGCGAUUUUUUGCCUUUCUAAGGCCUGCUAUAAACAAUUUGCUAUGUUGGAAUUUUGCUUCCGUGAUGGAUGGAUUGUCACCCAAGAGAAUGAGAAUGAAUGGACGAGUGAUGUAUGUGCCCGUAUGGAUCCCCUCUCUGCCGGGGAGUAUCCAUCCAUCUAGACUACUUGACUACCUUAUCGCGCAAGGAUGGAGAAAUUGUGGACAUUCGGGAUUUUUUUUUGUAAUAUCUGACAAGAGAUGCGGGACAUGGGGCAAGGCAGCCUUUGGGGACCAAAGUGAAUGCGAUGCGACGCUGCCUUUUGUUGUUCAUCUCAUGGUGAGUAGACAGACAAGCGUGCUUUCUCGUUUCUUUGAAUGGAUGAUGAGAAAACCAGAACUACUGCAGAGUCACACGGAGAGGGCUAGUUGCUUUUCUUUCCCCUCUUGUUCCCAUGCUUCUUUUCUUCCUUUCUGUUUUCUUGGUGGGUGGCUUUAUUACGGCAAGGCACAUUUUCACAUGGGAGGCGGCGUUAGAUGGAGAUAAACGCCUCAACAGUUGAUCUAUCUUGGCUAUUUCCCUCUUCGACUUUUUGCGUCUGGCUUGGCUCUAUAUCUCUGAACUAGCUGCUUAAUACUAUAG